AUGGCUGCUGCCGUGCUCGCCCUGGGGAUCAUCCUCUUUCCCGCCAGCAGCUUUAACCCCUUUUCGCGGGGUGUGCGCGCCUUCGCGAUCCCGCCUCUGGCUCAGGUUGUUGACCAGAAGAGUUUCAACGUGUUGGAGACGGUGUUACCGCCGGCUGAGGCUAAUUCUACUUCUGGAUUCGUAUGGCCUGGGGUAACUGAGGAAUCACUCAAUGCAAAGCCAUUUCACAUAUACGACGACGAAUUCUACGAUAUAAUCGGUUCAGAUCCCACACUGACAAUUGUGGCGAGUUCUGAUACGAAUCCGCUCUUUCACGAGGCUGUCGUAUGGUAUCCACCAACGGAUGAAGUCUUCUUCGUGCAAAAUGCUGGUGCUUCUGCUGCCGGUACAGGACUCAACAAGUCGGCCAUCAUACAGAAGAUAUCCCUCGCCGAAGCAGAUGCCGUGAAGUCUAAGCGCAUUGCCACGGGGAACGUGACAGUUACCGUUGUGCCAUCAACGCCGCAGGUUAUAAACCCCAAUGGCGCGACCAACUACAAGGGGCAGAUCAUCUUCGCAGGUGAAGGUCAAGGAGACACGGUGCCUUCUGCGCUUUAUCUCAUGAACCCUGUCGAGCCGUAUAACACGACAGUAUUGGUAAACAACUAUUUCGGCAGACAAUUCAACUCCCUGAACGACAUUGCCAUUCACCCGACAUCCAAGGAUAUCUACUUCACCGAUACACUCUACGGGUAUCUGCAAGAUUUCCGUCCGGUGCCCGGACUGCGAAACCAAGUCUACCGGCUGAAUGAGGCAACUGGGGCCGUGACCGUGGUUGCUGAUGGGUUUACUCUGCCAAAUGGUCUUACAUUUUCGCCGAAUGGAGAAUAUGCAUAUGUCACGGAUACGGGUAUCAACCAUGGCCUCUUAGGCUUUAACCUUUCGGAUCCCUCUUCGAUAUACCGUUAUGACGUGAAAGAGGAUGGUACGUGGGAGAAUCGCAAGACCUUCGCGUUUGUCGCUGCAGGUGUUCCUGACGGUGUACAUUGUGAUUCGAAGGGGAAUGUGUAUGGUGGAUGCGGGGAUGGUGUCCACGUCUGGAAUCCGUCAGGAAAGCUUCUUGGCAAGAUCUAUACUGGUACAACUACGGCCAACUUCAACUUUGCUGGAGAUGGCAGAAUGGUUGUAUGUGGAGAAACGCAGUUGCUUUAUGUUACUCUUGCUGCGUCAGGGGCACCGAUAUCUUGA